ACAAGUCAUAUUUAUUUUGUUUUUCAAAAUAAGCAUGUUUGUUUGAAUGAGCCCCAAUGUGAACAGCAUUUAUUUAAAGAUAAACAGGAAAUAAUGAAUUUCAAGGCCAAUAGAGUUUGUUUACUUACUUGUUUUUUUUAAAACAGGGCCAAAUGCAUCUCAAGGCUAAUAGUGUUUACUUAACUGAAGUCCCCAGCUGAGCCAUCUUAGCAUUCAAUGCUGCAAAGGGGGUUGUCAUUCAAUAUUAAUCUAAAUACUAACGCCAUUAAGGAGUGCAACAUAUUUAUAUAUGAUAAAAUGUUUUACAUUUGAUAAAUAAUAAUUUAAUAGCAAACAAGAAAAAGUUUUAUUGAGCCAGCCCAUCCAGAAUUUUCCAGGCAAAAAACUCCGAGGAUAUUCCCACUAAAAUUCUCCCUUUAUUUUACCAGAGAGUAGAAUUCACUACCAUAACCCUUCUUAAGUGACUUCAUGAUGCACUAUGGGUGAUUGAUGUGUAUAUAUAAUUGCACUACAGUCUUCAUUUAUGGAAUCUUGAUAGUGUAAGAUGUGAGCAAGUGACAAGAUCAUGUCAUGGAGGAUAAGUUGACCUUUAGCUAUUAGUCACAAUGGCUGCAUGGAACCUUCUGAAUAUUAGACCUGGAUACCAGUUGCUAGGAAGGCAAGGUGCAAAAGAGCUUCAUUACCUUCAUGCUUUUCUCGUGGACUGUCACAAAGGAUCCAGCGGUACAUUUCAAGAAGGAUGCUGACUGAGUGAUGAACCAUCCUUUGGAACAGGGACGUCUGCAAAAUUCAUAGUGAUGGCAGCUUUCUGCCAUUCUCCUUAGUGCCAGGAGACUGAAAACAGUCUUGUUUCAUGCCCUGGAAAAAUGUCAAAAACUCCAAACCCCACAAAAACUGGUAGCAAAAAACAGGUGACUUCAGAAGCAUCCCCAGAUCCAGCACCCAAGCCAGAGAGUAGUAAGCUUUCCAGCUCUCUCCUCACAGUUGAAAAUGUCAAAAAACAUCAGGAGGAGAACCCUGUGGCUAAAUCGGAUCUUGCUCAGUGGUCAAUAGAAACAUAUAUUGAAGAAAGUAAUCGCUUUUUGACUGAGAGUGGCACCAAGACGGAGGAGAGCAGGGAGCAGGCGGUGUCAAAUGAAUCAAGAGUUCUUCGUGAAGGUUACCCAGAAAACGCCAAUCAAACUUUAGGAAAAGAUUUCCAGACAAGACCUCUGUCAGCUCCAGUUCCUGAAACUCAGUCACCCAAAAAACGGGAAGUUGCUGAUUUGGAGACUCAGACUGAAUGGAGCUACUCGGUCAGCUCUGAAGACUCCAGUGAACUGGAAAUAGAAACGAAGGAGCAGAGAAGUACAGACGGAAAAGAGAAAAGUGAGACCACAGAAGGCACAGAAAUAUUGCAUCAUGCAGAAGAGGAAGGAACAUCUGAGAUCGAGCUGGAGACUGGAAGCAUUUCCGAUGAGGAGAAGAUAAAGUCUUUUGUCCAAGAUGAGGAACAUCCGGUCACCGAUCUGUUCCUGAUGGGUCGCUGUGAGUUUUGCACCUCCUUCCUGAAGCCUUUGCCAUCCCCAGAGGAACUGGAGGAGAGACCAGAGAAGAUGGAGCACUUUCUGUGUUGCAGGACCUACAAAGAGGUUUUCCAGUGUGUGAUACAGGAGCUGAUGGAGAGGCCAGGCAGCGAAAUCGACAUCCGUCCUCAUGGCCGACUGUCCCUUACAACAAUGGAGAGCAACACUAAAAGGAUGAUAAUGGAAGAGUUAGAGGAGCGAGGCUUUGAGCGAUACAGAGAGAUAUUUAUGCAGUACAUAAAAUUUGGCCCAUGCGUCAAAAUUCAUUUCAAAUUAUCAGACUACCCACCCAAACCAGAAACUGCGAUCCUAAAGAAACGGUAUCCAGAACCCAAAGAGCUGCUGGAGAUUGACUUGGAAUUCAAAGCCGAGCAAUUAAAGCUUUGCCACCCUUUUGAGCCUGUGAAAAGAUACUAUCACGAUGGAAAGAUCUUCUUCCUUCUUUUUCCGGAUGGAACGGGCCAAGUCUAUUACCCAUCAGGCCGCCUUGCCCUCCUCAUUGCUUAUGUGAGGGAGACCCAGUUCACCUACAGCAUCCUCGGGGACAGAAAGGACCAGGAACUUCUGGCCUUCUUCACAAACCAGGGCCACGCAGCUUAUUACCAGCAAAAAGAAAAGCUCAGGCUGCACCUGGACCUUUGCAACGGCUCCGUCUUUGACAAGAAAGGACAGCGGCAGAAGUUCUGGAACUGGUGGGGCACCGAGGGCCACGUUCACGCACCUCCUUUCCAGCCCAUCUGCCUUCAACUCAACGUUUAUAUCCAGGUUAAAAUUAAAGCCCAAGAUCAGGUUUUCUUCACUUUUACAAAGGUUCAUGAUUGUCUCUGCCUCAACGUUGGCGCGCGGCUGAAACUGAAGGAUCCAGCCAUGCUUUGGGUCCUUCAGCAAUAUGGAACCAGGGACCACCUGGUGAGGCCUUCCGUGCUGGAGAAGAUCAGCAGAAUCUUGGCCAAUGUGAAGAAGGUAUUAAAGAACCUGGACUCUGACCCCUCAAAAGAAGCUGCGGACCUGCGCCUUGUAUCGAAGGUGUACGAAAGAAUCCACCGAAGACAGAAGAAGAAGUAGCACAGAGAGAGAGAAGUUAAGAUUGCGGGAAGCCAAUCUCAUAUUUUGGGUAGUAUGGAAACUACUAAGUUAGCUUCAUAUAGAAACCAUUAAAUCUUCCAUCUAUACCGUA